UACUCAUUCUAAGACAAAACUAAAGUGUGUAAAUAGUUUAUUGAAAACGGUUCCGUAGUUCCUUGUCGUGAACCGGAGGCAGAGGUUCAAAUUAGAAGAGUGAAUGAGGAUGAAAGUAAAUGUGGGUAGACACACAGGCAGGACCUGUUCCACUUCGUCAGUGAACAACAGGACAUGCCACUCCUGUUUGGGGGCUUUGAAUGAAAUAAGCUGAACGUAGCAGAGAACACUAAUUCUCCAAGGACAAAGUGAAGGAAGAGGGAGGUUUUAGUUGUUGUUGAAGAAAGGAUUGUUUGAGGCAGAUAUAAAGGAAAUGAAGGAGGUGAAGACCAGGUCAUGAAAGAAGAGGAAGAGAGAGCGAGGAAACCGUUUUUGCCGUUUUUCUCGUCCAUAUUUUUCUCGUCCGUCCGACUGAGGAGCCAGAAUGUGUAUUGCCGUGUUGUGCUACAGGAGGACUGACAGCGCAUUCCAAUAUCGUGAGACUGCUUCAUUUGUAAAUACCUGACAACUGGUACAUUUGCUUGAGAGAAACAUCUGCACAGGCAGAAACAGUGUGAAUGAAAGAAGGUUUGCAAUGAGAAGAAGUGUUUAUGCUGUUGACGUCUGCCGAGUUCUUCGACAUGCUGGAAAGGAUGCAGGAUGACUACAUCCCAUACCCGCGGAUAGAGGACGUGAGUCAGCGCUCUCAUAUCAGCUGGAUCAAAACACUAUGCACACACAACCAUGAAUACCACAAAACCCACAUUCUGGAGAAGGGUAGCCCAUACCCGCAGGUGAUCCUGCCCCAGUUUGGGGGUUACUGGAUUGAGGAUGCCGAGGCGCCUGCGGGCACCCCCACCUCCUCGGAGAGCAGCUUCUGUGAGGAGGAUGACGGAGGGGGCAUGAGCCCUGGGGUUGGGUUCGGCUUCAGGCUGGAGUGUAACAGCUCGGCCAGGGCCUACCGCAAACACUUCCUGGGCAGGGAGCAUAUGAACUACUACUGCACAGGCAGCAGUCUGGGGAACCUCAUUAUGUCACUGAAGCACGAGGAAGCAGAGGGCCAGGAGUUCCUCCGCAUCUUGCUCAGGUCGAGGACAAAGACACACCAUGACAGGAUCUCUCUGGCAGGCCUCAACCAGCUUCCCAGUGUAUCCCAGAUAGCCAAGCUCUUCUGUGAUGACGUGACUGGCCUGAAGUUCAACCCAGUCCUGUACCCCAGAGGCUCUCAGUUAAUAGUAGGUUAUGACGAACACGAAGUGAACAACACCUUUAAGUUUGGUGUCAUCUACCAGAAGUUUGGUCAGACGUCAGAGGAGGAGUUGUUUGGGAACAACGAGGAAACGCCAGCCUUCCGGGAGUUCCUCAGUGUUCUGGGAGACAACAUAGAGCUGAACGACUUUAAGGGGUUCCGUGGUGGUCUGGACGUAUCCCACGGUCAGACAGGCUCUGAGUCCGUCUACACCGUCUUCAGACAGAGAGAGAUUAUGUUCCACGUCUCCACUAAACUACCCUUCACCGAGGGAGACAUACAACAGCUCCAGAGGAAGAGGCACAUAGGCAAUGACAUCGUGGCGGCGGUCUUCCAGGAAGGUGCCACGCCCUUUGUGCCUGACAUGAUCGCCUCCAACUUCCUCCAUGCGUAUGUGCUGGUGCAGGUGGAGAACCCUGGUACUGAACACACAACAUACAAGGUGUCUGUUACAGCGAGGGAGGAUGUACCUCCGUUUGGACCACCUCUCCCCAAUCCAGCGGUCUUCAAGAAGGGUCCUGAGUUCCGCGACUUCCUCCUGACAAAGCUGAUCAAUGCAGAGAACGCCUGCUACAAGUCUGACAAGUUUGCCAAGCUAGAGGGGCGGACGCGAGCUGCACUGCUGGAUAACCUUCACGAUGAGCUCCACAGACAGACCCAAGUUACUCUGGGGCAAGGCCAGGCUGGGGAGGAGGACAAGCUGGAGAAUGGGGGCCAUGGGGGACUGCUGGAGUCCUUCAAGCGUGCCAUGCGCGUCCGGAGUCACUCCAUGGAGACCAUGGUGGGGUCCCACCGUCACCGGAGUCCAGGGGUGGGAGGGGGGGUCCCGGCCAGCUUGAGUGGAGGGGGGCUGCCACAGAGCACCGAGUGCACAAAGAGUACCUUCACGCCACCAGUGCUGUCAGCCAAGUCUCCCCUGAAGAGUCCAGUGAAGCGUCGUUCAGGCCUCUUCCCCCGCCUCCACUCAAGCACAGAGAGCCCCUCGGACAGACACACGCGCAGUGACCAAAAGACCCCAGACAUCUGCCCGCUCGGACAGGAAGGGAGGUCAGAGACGUGGUCCAACCCCAGCUCGCCAGAGAUCUGCCCCAACAAGGAGAGGCCGUUCCUCAAGCUGAAGGACUGCAGCAGCAGACCCAACAUCUCCCGCUCCUCCUCCAGCACCAGCAGCUUCAGCAGCACCACCGGGGAGGGAGAGGCCCUGGAGGAGCUUGACACUGGAACCCACCCGUGCAUAGCCUCCUCGUCUGUGUUCAGCCCCUACCCUUCCCUCAGCGUGGAGAGCCACGGCUCUGCCACCCCCCUCAUCAUGUGUCGCAGUCCCACAGAUGUGAAGAGUAAGAUGUCUCCCAGGUCAAACUUGAAGUUCCGCUUUGACAAGAUGAGUCACGCCACAACUUCCGAAUAGAAAUCUGGAUUUUCCAAAAAAGGGACAACACUGUUGGAGCAAAGAACAUCCCCAACAUCACCAACGCAUUCACAUUGGAAUCACAAAAUGUACUGAACUUCAUGACUAAAGGGAAUUAAGUGGAUUAGCUAGUGCAUAAGAGCACACACGCAGACAGAUACUGAGCUGGAAAGGAGGGAGAAUCCUGUGAGUCCUCUCAGUAUCUCUCUCUCUCUCUCUCUCUCUCUCUCUCUCUCUCUCUCUCUCUCUCUCUCUCUCUCUCUCUCUUGCUCUCGCUCUCUCUCUCUCUCUCUCGAUGUGUCUGGUACAGAAAUAGCUCACAGUGAGAGGCUAGGCGCCAUGUGUUGCUGAAAUUCUCAUCUGUAACAUUAACCUCAUACAACAACUAGACAAGGCAAGGUUUAAAGGUCCAAUGCAGGCAUUUUAUCUCAGUAUAAUAUCAUUUCUGGGUAACAAUAAAGUACCUUACUGAGAUUGUUUUCAAAUGGUCAAAAAGAAACAGAAAUAGCUCCUUAGCAAAGGAUCCUUUCUCAAGCAAGAAUUUUGCUAGGACUAUCUGGGAGUGGGGAGGGGAAAACUCAAACUUAUUGGCAUAGAGGUUGGGAACUCUCUUUCUUAUUGGUCUAUUAACCAAUGUACUGCGUGGUGAUGUCACCAAUGGAAGGCCAAAACUCCAUCCUACCAGAACAGGCAGAAAUGUCAGGGCUUUUCAAACAGCUCUUACACUAAAAUGGCAUUAACACCAUUUUCACAAUUUCACAGUAUUAUUCCAACCUCAUAGUGUGGAAAUAUAUAUAGAACACAGUAAAAGCUAGUGUUUGAUUGCACUGGGCCUUUAACCUCACAACAUUCAUCGUCAUUGAUUUACGAAACUGUGGUUAUAGGUCACUUUUUCGCUGCACUCAUCUCUUAGAUUACAGCGAUUGUUCAUUGUGGUCCUCUUCUGCUACGAUCUCCAUAUAUGGGUCCAGGAGGGUGUAAGUUGUGGUACUGGCCUUCAGAAACGGAUGUUGUUUCACCAUGGGAAAUGUCUCUCUUGUCUUUACCCCAGUUUGUCUGUCUGGGGACAGUUAGUCUAUUGCCUUACAAGGAGUUCUUCCGGCAGUAGUUUCGCUUCUUUUUGAGUCACCUGUUGUAAAUGCUGGUCGUCUUCCCCUCUGGCCUCACACACAUUACAGUCAAUGCAGGUCAAUAGAACGGAUCAAUCCACAAUAGAGAAAGAUACAGUAUUUAGAUACUGCAUAGAUUCUAGGGUUGGGGUCCGUUCCAUUUCAAUUCAACUACUUAUUUUUGAAUCUUAUAGGAAUUACAUUGAGGACAAUAAGGAAUUGGAAUUGUUGUUUACUUCCUGUUUCCGACAUGGAAUUGAUAGAUAAGGCAUUUAUCUAUAUGGCUCAAUCCUCAUCAAACAGUAUUGAAGUGAUCGGGUUUGUCUUAAGCUGCCGAAGGAAGGGACUUGGCCCUCAUAAAUCAAGUGCUCCAUUUGUGGAGAUUUGCUCACACGAAAAGAAAAAUGCCAUUGCGCUCUGUCACAAGCUUAAUUUAGCCAAAGUCGCGCCUUACAAUCUAUCUGAAACCCUUUCACCUUCCGGGUGCUUCUCACUGUGUGAGAGGUUGAGCAGAGAGUUUGGAUAAGGUUUAUUGUGGUUUACGUUUAGCUGUGGGUGUCUGAGGAAUCCAGACCUGGGUUCAAAUACUAUUCGAAAUCUUUCAAAUACUUUGAGUGUGUGCUCUUGCCUGCCUGCUUUGCCGUUUUGGGACUAUUGUAUGUGUCCAUUAAGCCAGACAAGGCUUAAUCAAGCACAAAGGACGUAUUUGAAAAGGAUUAAUGUAGCAUUUGAACCGAGGUCUGUUUCUCACAUGUCCUUAUAUAAACAGCCAGUUGUAUUUCACCCAAUGAAUCAAUGUUAAUUGAAAACAUGUCUGCUUCUAAAAGGGUGCAUGUCUGAGAAACUCACAGUCUGCUCCAUGGAAAUAGUUUUCAGUCGUUAAAGUCAUUUCACAGUGUUUUUUUUCUCUCACUAACAGUUCUCCAAAAAUAAAUAAUUGGCAAUAUAAUAUUUUAAAGGGAUCUUGCAUAUUUUGGAACUGUGAUUGAAUGCCCUGUGAUUUUGAUGGUUCAUUUAUCAGUCUUAAGUAGAAGCAAACAGCAAAAAACAUUUGAUCUUACAAACCCCAAAACAAUAUUAGUGCAUUGUAGUUCCAAAAUAUAUGAUGGCUUUACCUUGUUGCAAGCUACGUGAUUACAAACCAAUCACGUGUGAAUGUCUUCACCCAGGAACACAUCGAAAUUGCAUGGUCUCCAUUGAUGUGACCAAAUCAGUCAGCUAUAUUUGAGUUUGGGAGAAUAUCCAUGCACUAUAGCUGUAAUGAGGUUCAUUCUUAUCGCUGGAGUAUUUGUGACUGGAGUUCUGUUAUGUGGUACACAAAAACUCAGAAAGUUGAGCAGGCCAGAAAGUUAUAUAGGAACUAGUCUUUUAGUUUGUAGAGGGCAUCCACAAGUGCCCCUCAGCCAACUCUUUGUUAAUAAGGCCAUAAUUUAUUGAUUUUAUCUUUUGCUAUUGAUGUUAUGUAAAAAUGUAAUUGCAGAUUAAAUUAAUGAAAGAGGUCAAAUGAAAGGAAAUGUUCAUUUAAAAACGCCUAAACAUGAAUAUGUAUAUUUCGUUAUGUAAUGUGCCAUUAAGAAUUUAUUGUAAAAUAAAACGUGGUAUUUUGUGUCAA